AUGGCAUCCCUGGCCCUGUCGGUAACAGACUUUGAUGCUCGAUCCAUCACCAACACGGUCCUCUCGUCGGUACUGGACAGCCCUGGCUCGGACCAUUCCCACAACACGCACCAGACAAGCGCGACGACUAACUCUCAGCGGUCGCUGCUCCGAGGCCGGCAGGCGCCGGCCACCCCACAGCCAGCAGGGACGGCCGGCAGCAGCAGCAGCAGGCUAGGCCGGCAUCGACCUCAGCGCCGGUCUCUGAGGAAGACGCGGGGAUGGCCGCGGCUCGCCGAGCUGAUGGCCAUGAACCCCGGGCUCGAGUCGUUUGCACGGUUCCGCGAGCUCAACAUCAAGAACCUGCUCUACUACCAAGUCGAGCUCGCCAGGCUGUCCAAGGACCUCGAGGAGGCCGAGGAGGCCGACUACGUGCGACAGCAGCCGCAGGCCGAGGGUAGCCCCGACGAGAGGUACGCAAAAUUUGCCGAGAACCUGACGGACCUGCUAGACAGCGCCGACCCCGCAGACGCCGACGACGAAGACGCAAAGCAGGUCAACUUGGUGGUGAAGAUGCGGAGACUGCUGAAAGAAUACAACGAGUGCCUCGUGCUGUACAGCCAGGUGUCGGCGCUGCCGGAGCCCGAGACGCUCAACGUGAACACACUGCGGGAGUGGCUGCGGCGGGCCGACUGCGGCGCGUUUUCGACCCGGGGCGCGGGCAGCGACGCCUGGGGCGGCGACGUGGCGGCCGCCGACUACCGCAAACCGGGCGCUGAUGGCACGCUGUGGCAAAACAGAGCCGACGACGGUUUCACGCGCUGGAUCGGCUACCAGUGGAUUCCCUUCUGGCACACCCUCAGGAACCCCCAGCCCCGGGCUGAAGGCGAUGGCGAUCCCGAGAAGGCGACUAACAAUAACACUUCCGCCACUAGCAGGCAAAGCAGCGCCGACAACGACGACGUCCCCGCAAUAUACGCCGGCUCGACAAUGCAGAUGGUGGCCUCGUUCACCGCCACCAUCGUGGCCUGCGUGCUGCCGACGCUAGCCAUUGCCAUCUUGGCCCAGCAGGAGCACAUGCUGCAGCGCCUGCUCUACAUUGGCGGCUUCACCGUCGCCUUCGCCGUCAUGCUGAUGGCCCUAACCGACUGCUCCACGUCGAGGGUUCACGUCUUCACUGCCACGGCCGCUUUUUCCGCUGUUCUGGUCGUCUUUGUUCAGAACCAGCCCUAG